AUGAGAAACAGGGAGUCUCGCCGAGGCUUUUCUGCUGCCGUGCAGCUGAACGAAAGACAGCGUGAAAUCAUCGAACAAAUACCGGCAGAAUGGCGGAUCAACGCGUCGCUGCCCUGGUCGGAGCGAGAUCCAAUGAGUUUGCCGGAGAGAAGUGGCAUCUUAAGCGUGCUGGAGUUGGAGAUAACUGAAUCAAGCACUACAAAUAUUCUGGGCAAAAUUCGUUGCAGGCGAUGGAGCGCGACUCAGGUCACUCUGGCCUUCUGCAAAAGGGCAGCGAUCGCUCAUCAAGCUGUGAAUUGUGUCUCCGAGUUCAUGUUCGACGAAGCUCUGCGCACGGCUCAUGCGCUCGAUGACUACAUGGCAGAGCACAACAAGACCAUCGGACCUCUGCAUGGCUUGCCUAUAUCCAUCAAAGAACACAUAGAGCUCAAAGGUAGCAGGGCCACAGCUGGACUUUGGGCUUGGGCCGACUUCCGCUCGCAGGAAGACUCGGUCGUCGUCCAUAUGUUGCGGCGGCAGGGCGCCAUCUUCCACGUCAAAACGACCAACCCUCAAUUGAUCAUGGCACUGGAAACCGACAGCAACCUUUUUGGCAGAACGCUAAAUCCUCAUAACACCACUUUGACGUGUGGAGGAAGCUCCGGUGGUGAAGCCGCCUUGAUCUGUCUGCGCGGUAGCGUCGUAGGAAUAGGCGCAGACAUAGGUGGAUCGAUCCGUGUGCCGAGCGGCUUCUGUGGUCUAUAUGGACUCAAACCGAGUGUUGCGCGUCUUCCACAUGGCGGUCUGCGUGGUCUCCAUGCCGGCAUGGAAAACAUAAUUGGCUGCGUGGGGCCCAUGGCUACAUGCGUUGCAGAUUUGCAACUGAUAUGUGACAGCAUUCUCGCCUGCCAACCUUGGGAUAUCGAGCCCAGCCUGAUUGAAUUGCCGUGGAAGCUCGAUGUACACAUGCCAGGGCGUUUGAGAGUGGGAAUUUUAUGGCAUGAUGGCGUGGUCGCCCCACACCCUCCAAUCCGGCGAGAAAUGCUACGUGUCCAGCAGGCACUCCAGAGAGCAGGACAUUCUACCUUCGAAUGGGAUCCCGUCGAGAACAAACAGCUCGUAGGCUUGAUCGACGAGCUCUAUUUCCUGGACGGAGGCGAGGAGUACUUCGAGAUUCUGAAGUCGGGGAAGGAGAAUGCUGUGCCCAUCAUGCAGUGGUUGCUCGACUCCAAGGCGUCAAAGACUUAUAAAGUCCAGGAAACGUGGAAGAUCAACACGAUUGUCGAUAAACUGCGAUCGAGCCACCUCUCUCGCUGGAUUUCUAGCGAUGUUGAUGUUUUGCUCACUCCAGUUAACGCCUCGUUGGCAAGCGGACACGAUGAAUCCAGGUAUUGGGGGUAUUCUUCGGUGUACAAUUUACUUGAUUUACCGGCAGUCGCAUUCCCUACCGGCGUCAUCAACAGUGCUGAUACCUGGGCCUCGUACCCGGCAGAGCAGAAACAUGCCAUGAGUUCAAUCGAUGCAUACUAUCGUCAGAUGUACGACGAGUAUGGCCCAGAGAAGUACGUCAAUGCCCCUGUAUCUUUGCAGUUGGUUGGUAGGCGGCUCAGGGAAGAGGAAUUAUUACGAGCUUUGGAGAUAGUCGAUCGUGCCUUGGCCGGCUGUAAAUAUGGACAGUUGGAUCUGGCCCGAGCUUGA